AUGAUUGCGGCCACCGGAUUGGAUCCAUUGAUCAGGUGUUCUGUGAUCACCACUGAUCCUGGACUCAUAUCCGCCUUUGUUGAGAGGUGGCAUAGGGAGACGAGCAGAUUCCACCUCCUAGUAGGGGAGGUGACGAUCACUCUAGAUGACGUUUCGUCGCUCCUGCACAUUCCAAUUACUGGCGCACUGCAUUCAUUCGAGCCGCUGGCUACAUCUGACGCAGUGGCCCUAUUGACGGAGCUACUUGAGGUCACCCCAGAUGAGGCUACAGCUGAGACACUUGGUUGCACCCUUUUCGCUAACAAGAGUGCAACCCAUGUCCAUGUUGUGCACCUGCAGGCAUUCAGAGACCUAGGACAGGCAGGGGCAUUCUCUUGGGGAGUGGCCGCUUUGGUCCACUUGUACGAUCAGCUUAACGAGGCGUCGCAAGCCCCUACACGGCAGAUAGCUGGUUACAUUUCACUACUUCAGUGUUGGAUUUACGAGCACUUUCCAUCAGUCCACAGGUCUGUUGUUGACGAUGGUUAUGCUGAGGCUAGCCCACGUGCCUGUAGGUGGCUUACGGGUAAGGCCCAGAUGGCCGAGAUUAAGGGAGCCCCUUAUAGAGCACGUAUUGAUGCCCUGACAGUCACUGACGUCUGUUGGAUGCCGUAUGCUGAGCAUCGGGGAGUUCGGGGCUAUGACUUGAUCUCCUCGUACACGGGGCAAGUCAGAUGGGGUCUGAUCAUCGUCUACCUUCGACCAGAGAGGGUGGUUCGGCAGAUGGGGUACAUUCAGACCGUUCCUCCGCCACCGGUUCGUGAUUCGUUGACAGGUACUGAUAUAGACGAUCGGUGA